CUCGUGAGUCCCCUCUCCACCUUCUUCCUCCUUCCCUUCUUCCCUCCCUUCUUCCUCCAUCCCCUCCCUCCACACUGUCAACCUCAGAAUCAAACCACCGAACCCAUGACUACAACCAACCAAAGCCGCAACUCAAAACAACCGAACAGCGGGAAACAUGGGUUUCACCAUCAACCCCCCACCUCCCCCCCAAACGAGAUUCCCAAGGAGGAGGUUGCAUAUGUGGACUAUCUCCAGAUUGUGGCCUUAAUGGCCUUAUAUCUUCUGGCCCGCUCCGCUGAAGCCGCCGGCGAAGAGGAGGACGAUGACAGUGACGAUGACAGUGACGAAGAGGACGAAGAGGGGGACGAGAUGGAGAUUGACGAGGAUGAAGACGAGGGAUAUGUGGAAGGCGGAGAGGACGAUAUGGAUGAAGAGGAGGGUGCAGGCGGGGAGUCUUAAGGCUCAGGGAGCUGUUUUUUUCUUUCCAUUUUUAUUGCGAAUAUGGGGGGGUUUUUUCCCCAGUUUUAUGGUGAAUAUCUUUUUUUUUCUUCUUUUCUUUCAUCGCGAAUACGGGGGGUUUUGUUUAUCAGUUUUAUGGCGCAUAUCUUUUUCCUUUUCUUUUUCAUUCUUAU